AUGAUUGUGGACUUCAGGAAGAGCACUGUCCCCCCGCCCCCACCCUCCGUGAUGGACUCCCCCAUCACCUCUGUGGAGUCCUUCCGUUUCCUGGGCACCACCAUCACCCAGGACCUCAAGUGGGAGCCGACCAUCAGCUCCCUCAUCAAGAAGGCCCAGCAGAGGAUGUACUUCCUGCGGCAGCUCAGGAAAGCCAAGCUGCCUGCACAGAUGUUGGUGCAGUUCUACACGGCCAUCAUCGAGUCCAUCCUCACCUCCUCCAUCACCGUGUGGUUUGCUGGAGCCACAGUCAGGGACAAACAGAGACUACAGCGCAUUGUGCGCUCUGCAGAGGAAGUGAUCGGCCGCAGCCUUCCAUCGCUGCAGGACCUACAUGACGCGUUCACUUGCCUCAUCUCCGCGUUGGUGUUUGGGUCUGGAGUCUUGGCUCCAGCAGGAGGCCAGUUCCUGUGCUCCUCAGAGUCCCAGCAGGAGGCCAGUCCCUGUGCUCCUCAGAGUCCCAGCAGGAGGCCAGUCCCUGUGCUCCUCAGAGUCCCAGCAGGAGGCCAGUCCCUGUGCUCCUCAGAGUCCCAGCAGGAGGCCAGUCCCUGUGCUCCUCAGAGUCCCCGCAGGAGUGGGGAAGAUGUUUUUGAUGAAAACGCGGACGAAUUGAACUUACAAAGCAGAGAGUGGUCCGCCAACAUGAAGAGGAGAGUCCGGGAUGGAUAUGUGGACGGCAUUGAUGCAGGAGAAGACGGCGCCCUUCAGUCUGGCUUUAAUCUUGGAUUUAGGGAAGGAGCAGCACAAACUGUUCUCGUCGGCCGACUCAAAGGAAUUGUCACUGCAAUAUGGUGCUGGUGCCAGGGCCAGCAUCCAGAAAACCCUGCAAAACAAAUGGUGUACGACCUCCUGCGUCAAGUGACACAACACGAAGAAUCACUUCUGGAAGACAUGAAACGGACUUUAGAAAACCCUCCACCCAGUGUGAGUGACGUCGCGGAGGCCAUGGAGGACCUGAGUGCAGAGCCAGCAGGAGGAGGCUGUUGCGGAGAGCGAUGUGAUAACAAGGACUGCUGUAAAGGAGGAGACAAAAUGCAAACAGACUUCUCACUGAAGCCACACGCGGUUUCAGACUCUUCCCACUCUGACAAUAAACUCUCAGUGUUGCUUCAGCGAGUCAAGCUUAGAGGGGCCUCGCCAUUCUCUCUCAAACCCAGGUAUGAUUCUGAUGUUCUCUAUGGGGCUAUAGCUGGAACUUGA